AUGCCUCGUCUGCACGGAAUUCUUCCAAUCCUGUUCCUUUUCCUGGUCACCUAUCAGGUCCUGGGCCAGGAUUGUUGGCCCCCAAGAGAGAGAAGGUGCGUGCCGCGUCAUAAGUGCCGGUAUCAAGUAGAUUUCCGAGCCAUGUCUAAUGGAAAUAAUGGGUGCCCUGCGCCGGAAACCUGCUGUCAAAAUAUACACAUACUUAAUAACGGGCCAGAUAUAAGCGUCGAAGAGACGGUUAUUCCCGAGUGCGGGCGACCCAACAGCAGAGGCAUAUCCUUCGAAGUGCGCGACAUGGAUGGCUUUGCCCAGGAGUUCGAGUUUCCUUGGAUGGUGGCCUUGCUCGAUAUUAAUGGAGAAUACUUGGGUGGUGGCGCCAUUAUCUCUCCCGAGGUGGUCAUCACAGCCAAACACGUAACCGACAACCGAACUGAAAACCAGCUUAUUGCCCGCGCUGGCGAAUGGGACUUCAAAACCAACUCCGAGCAUUUUCCACAUGUUGAUGCUAGAAUCCGGUCGAUCGUUCGGCAUCCUGGCUUCGACAAAAGGAACGGGGCCAAUAAUGUGGCUCUCUUGUUCCUUCAGACUCCGCUAACAUUUACCAAACACAUUAAGCCAAUCUGCCUGCCGCCGGUUAAUAGGACCUUCGAUUACUCGCGCUGCAUCUUCACUGGCUGGGGUAAGAGGCCCUAUAACGACUACACAUACAUGAACGUCUUGAAGAAGGUGGAGCUACCAAUAGUCCAGAACAAAAGGUGCGAAUAUCAACUUCGUCGAUUCUACGGAAACCAAUUCCAGCUCCACAACAGCCUCUUGUGCGCAGGCGGGGAGCUUGGAAAGGACUCUUGCAAGGGCGAUGGUGGCUCUCCGCUGGCUUGUCCCCACCAAGAAGAUCCCCAAAGGUAUGAGCUGGCCGGCAUUGUGAACUUUGGCGUUGAGUGCGGAAUGCAAGACGUCCCGGCGGUUUAUACCAAUGUAGCAAUGUUUCGAAAUUGGAUUAUCAAUGAGUCUUUAAUUGAUUCGAGCCGUUACGAACCCGAACCAGAACCCGAACCAGAACCCGAACCAGAACCCAAACCAGAACCCGAACCUGAAAACACACCAUCACCGAAAAAUGAGAACGGAAAUGGCAACACCGAAAGAAACUACGACUUUGUCAUAUAUUGA